ACAGAUUGGAACCUUUAUAUGAGCGGUUCCGGAAGCAAGCACCUCCGGUAUUCCUGGGAGGUCCAGAUGUGUCGAAAGCCGAGCAGUGGCUUACGGUGAUCACCAGAAUUCUGAACUUUAUGGGUGUCACCGGUAACGAUAGAGUGGUGUGCGCCACAUUUCAGUUCCAGGAGGAUGCCCUGGUAUGGUGGGACAUGGUGUCUCAGAUUCACGAUGUCACCACCAUGACCUGGGAAAGGUUCCAGGAACUCUUCAACGCGAAAUACUACAAUGAGGCGGUUAGAAGCGCCAAGAGGAAAGAGUUCGUUCACCUGACCCAGCGGGAGAACAUGAGUGUCACUGAGUAUACUACUCAGUUUGACCGGUUGGCGAGGUUGGCCUCGGGAAUUGUGCCGACCGACUUCAGCAGGAAGGAGAAGUAUCUGGACGGGUUGAAUCCCAAGAUCAGGCAUGACCUGAUGAUUACCACUGACGACAGCACCACCUAUGCUCAGAUGGUGGAGAAGGCACUGCGAGCUGAGGGCGCAGUGGGGUGUAUGUCAGAUUCAGCCAGUACUCCGGUUGGUGGCGGAGCUCCUACCCCUCCUGCAUCAGGCUUCAGCAGGGGGAGUAGUGGUUCGGCCAUUGAUCAGAGGAAGAGGGCACCCACUGCUUCCGGCGGCUCGAGCCAGAACAAGAGGUUCCGGGGGAACCAGAACAGAGGGAGUCGCCUUGUGGUAAUGAGACCCGAUUCUCCUACCCCGAGUGCCCUAGCUGCAAGAGGCAUCAUCGGGGAGAGUGCAAGGGGCAGGGAUGCUUUCAUUGUGGCAUGCCCGGGCACUUCAAGAGGGAAUGUCCCCAGCUCCGGCCAGAGGCACCGAGAGCUCCAGCGAUACCCACUCCAGCCAGGGUGUUCGCUAUCACGCAGGCUGAUGCAGAUGCCAGCCCAUCAGUUGUUACAGGUAAAGGCAAGGCUGUAGCUGAUGGACCGUGACCGAGCAUAUGAGAUUGUACAUGUCGGGGCGGUUAGGCCUGGAGCGUACGAUCCUCGGGACAGCAGGGCUGGGAUUUUUGUAACUGUCGUUAGACGACUUUCAUUUUGGUGUAAAAGUUGAACAGUUAAAACGUUUGUAAAUAUUUUUAUAAAUCGGGAUCCCGAGACUUUUUGUAAAAUGGUUUAUAAGUUUAAUGAAAAAGCAAAAUUUUAAUUAAUCACGUUUUUCCAUAAACCUCGUUGAUUAGCAACGAGCUGCACAGUACGUUUAAAAAUCACGUAAUACGCCUAAGAUAGUUAGGGUGUUACA